AUGUCAUCUGCAGAUUCACAGACACUGCCAUGCUCACGAUCGUUAGCAGAUAUACGUGCUGAGCAAAGCGAUCAGUUGGAUCGGUUGAGAUCACGGCUGAGCGAUGUGAAUAUGCGUGAUUUGGUACCGUUACUGGUCGCUAGACAUGUGCUGCGAAGUCAUGAAAUGGGUGCCGUCUAUUCAAAGGUUCCGUUUGGACGAAUUUGA